CUUCCAAUGAAUAUACGCUGUUAUGUAUGUCAUUUUGGUGAAUUUGUGUUAAUUUAGAGUAAGAAAUAACUCAGUGCCUUUAUGUAUAAAAUAAGUUAAAACCUCAAAUAAUUCUAUGGGCUAGAUGUCACAUUAAAUUCCUUUAAAGCGUUAGAUAAAAAUGCACACCAACAUGUCUAAAGUGGGGAAAAGAUAUGGCUCCUUACAGUUGUAAGAGGUGUAUGCGUGAUCUUGCCAGGAUGUCCAAGGAACACAAGGAUAAGUCCAUGGAAGUGAAUGGAUUAAAUAGGCAUCUGCCUGGAAGUCCAUGUAUGCCAUGGUUCGGCAUGGACAUAGGCGGUACCCUGAGCAAGUUGGUAUACUUCGAACCCAACGACAUUCCAAAGAACAAGAGCGGCGAUUCGGUAGAACAGACCCUGCGGAACAUACGCCGAUACUUGACGAAGAAUUCGGCUUACGGUGCUACCGGCCACCGCGACAUCCACCUGCAGAUGCAAAAUGUGUGCAUACGAGGUAUUCCCGGCAGUCUGCAUUUCAUACGGUUCCCCACGAGCGAGAUGAAGAACUUCCUGACCCUGGCCAAGCACAAGGGCAUGGCCAAAUUGGUGUCCACGGUCAGUGCCACGGGCGGCGGCGCGUACAAAUUCGAGGACGAUUUUAAAAAGGAAGUAAACAUGAAGCUUGCGAAAUACGAUGAGUUCGAGUCGUUGCUCAAAGGGUUGCAGUACGUGGACGCCAAUAGCCCGACCGAAUGUUAUUAUUGGUCGUGUCCCACGGACGAUACCAAGUGCAAAAAGGAGACUUACGACUUUUCCAAACCGUAUCCCUUCAUAUUGGUAAACAUCGGAUCCGGUGUCAGUGUUCUUGCCGUCUAUUCGGAGACGGAGUACAAACGCAUUUCCGGCACAAGUAUUGGAGGUGGUACCUUCUUAGGACUGUGCUGCCUUUUAACUGGCUGCAAUUCUUUUGAGGAAGCUAUCGAACUUGCCGCUGAAGGUGACAACACACAUGUAGACAAACUUGUAAGGGAUAUCUACGGCGGGGACUAUGAAAAAUUCGGUUUACCGGGAGAUUUGGUAGCUAGCAGUUUCUCGUCCUUGUGCAGUUUCGGGCAAAUGAAUUCGCGGGAUCGUCGCAGCAAGGUCAGUCGUCAAGACUUGGCGAGGGCCACUCUCGUCACAAUCACCAACAACAUCGGUUCCAUUGCGCGGAUGUGCGCGACACAGGAAAAGAUCGAUAGGGUUGUUUUCAUUGGCAACUUCCUUCGUGUGAAUCCAAUAGCGAUGAAAAUGCUAGCUUAUGCAAUGGAUUACUGGUCGAAGGGAACAAUGAAAGCUUUGUUCCUAGAACACGAGGGCUAUUUCGGAGCGGUGGGCUGCUUAUUACAGUUCCAUGAGGAAGCCAACAGUUGAAGACAGUGAUGGAUUAGUUAAAAGAAGAAACGAACAUUCCAGUUGUGAAGUUGCGGAAAAGUCAGUACAAAAUUAGUUCAUUCGCGGAAUGGGUGUUACUUCCAUGUUGAGUGUAAUUUGUAAUUGAGAGUGAAUAUUAGAGGAUUUCUCGUUUCUCGAAUGGACUAAAUUAAGAAACUUGGAGGCAUUUGUAAUAUAAUAAAAUGUAUUUUCCUCAAGGCAGAUGAAAUGUUUUUUUUUUUGUACAUAGUUGCUGAAGUUAUUUUAAGAUUCAAUGUUUUUGUUUAUUUAAGCCAAUGUGUACUUGCGGUAUUAUGUGUCGUAUAAAUUGUAUAUUGUAAAAUCUACACAUAUUAGAUUUUUUUACGGGAGUUAUUGGAAAACUUGUUUACUGAAUUUAAAACAAUUGCUACUAUAUAUAUACAAUGACAUAUCUAUAUAAAUUAUAUAUACAUAUAAACGUGUGUAAAUUUUAUUAAACAUUUUUUACUAUUCGUCAUUUUAUAAACUUUUUAUUAUGUUAUACUAUUUGCUCGUUAAUGUGAAGUACCAGUUGUAUUAUAUGGUUAAUUGUUAUUUGUAAAAAUUAGAGAUAAGAACACCUGAAUUGUUAUACUUUAAAAGGGUGUUGGAAAAUGUAUGACCACUAACAUUUUGAAAAAAAAUGGGAGUAUGAAGGUAAAACUGCACAGAUUAGUUGUAAUAAUUUAUUUAUAUAUAAGAUUUGUAAUAAAUAUAUUUUAUUUACAAAAUAGUCUAAUAAUAACUAUUUACUUUAA